AUGUGCAGCGGCCCGACCAGGAUAAAGGAUGUCUUCAAAUAUAUCAACACGUUUGUGUCGUGUUUCGUCUUCCUGUUCGGAAUCAUCGGGAAUGUGACUCUACUCAGGAUAAUCAAGGCACACAAAUGCAUGAGAAACGGCCCGAAUAUUCUCAUCGCCAGCCUCGCUCUGGGAGACCUCGUCCACAUUGUUAUUGAUAUUCCAGUCAAUGUUUAUAAGCUUCUGGCUGUCGACUGGCCAUUCGGAGUCACGCUCUGUAAACUCAUCCCGUUCGUCCAGAAAACCACUGUAGGAAUCACAGUCCUGAGUCUGUGUGCUCUGAGCAUUGACAGGUAUCGAGUUGUUGCGUCCAGGAGUCUUAUCAAAGCGCUGGGGCUUCCGAAGUGGACGGCUUUUAAACUGGUCUUAAUAUGGACCGUAUCGACCCUGCUGGCCGUCCCAGAGGCUGUAGCGUUUGAUCUGAUUACGAUGGACUAUAAAGGAGAGCGGCUGAGGAUAUGUCUGCUUCACCCAGUGCAGUCCUCACAGUUUAUGAAGUUUUAUAAAGCAGCUAAAGACUGGUGGCUGUUUGGGUUCUACUUCCUCGUGCCUCUGGCCUGCACUGCAGUCUUCUACGGCCGAAUGAGCUGGGAGAUGCUGAGGGGAGGUGGUCAGCGCACGGAGAUGAACUACCACCUUAAACAGAGACGGGAAGCAGCCCGGGCCGUGUUCUGUCUGGUUCUCGCGUUUGCCGUCUGCUGGUUUCCUCUGCACCUGAGCAGGAUUUUGAAGCUGACCAUCUACGACGAGAAAGACCCCGGCAGAUGUGACCUGCUGAGCACCUUCCUUGUUCUGGACUACCUGGGCAUCAACAUGGCCUCGCUGAACUCCUGCAUCAAUCCCAUCGCUCUGUACGCCGCCAGCAAGAGGUUUAAGAAACACUUCCAGUCGUCGCUGUGCUGCUGGCGUUCCUCUCCUGGUCUGGACGUCCCGGAUGAGACGCAAGACUUUCUGAGACCUGAGGAUCUCCUGCCUGCUGUGGACCUGCUGAAGAAGAACGUUCCAGGUAAAGCAAGGAUGACCUUCUUCAGCUGGACCCUGCAGUGGAACCUGUUUAAUAUCAGAUACGGCCCUUCUUGUAGGCCUGAGCUGAGGGAAAUGAGAGGAAUAGUGUGUUAUUAUCUCUUUGCCACUCUCCACUGUAAACACUGGCUGUGGGACGUGAGUCUGGGUGAUUCCAGCAGACAGCGCGUCACUGGCCCCCCCAGGAACACACAGGCCUCCAGAGGAAAAAAAGCAGAGAGGACACCUGGUUGUGGCAGGAGGAGGAUGAUUAGAGCAGCCUCCCCUUCACCCUCGUGGAGUCGGGCUCGAGGAAGCUCUCGCCUUUCAUUCCGCCGCUCCAUCCAUCACACGGCAGCAGGAACGCGCCAAAUUGGCGACGGCGACGCUUCGCCUUCCCGCCGCUGA